CAAUUAUUGGGGGUGGAGCUUUGACGGGUGCUGCCCGGCCGUAGGUGCCCGGCGUAGCGGCGUUUAGGCCGAGCUGUCGCUGUGAGGAACGCUGCCGUGGCCAUGAAGGAAGAGAAGGAGCAUAGGCCUAAGGAGAAGCGAGUAACUCUGUUAACGCCCCCUGGGGCCACAGGUAGUGGCGGUGGGACUUCGGGGGACAGCGCCAAAGGGGAAGAUAAGCAGGAUCGCAAUAAGGAGAAGAAAGAGGCGCUGAGCAAGGUGGUAAUUCGAAGAUUACCUCCCACUUUGACCAAGGAGCAGCUUCAGGAAAAUCUUCAACCUAUGCCUGAACAUGAUUAUUUUGAGUUUUUUUCUAAUGAUACUAGUCUGUAUCCUCAUAUGUAUGCCAGAGCAUACAUCAACUUUAAAAACCAAGAGGACAUUAUUUUGUUCAGGGAUCGCUUUGAUGGUUAUGUAUUCCUUGACAAUAAAGGUCAGGAAUAUCCUGCUAUAGUAGAAUUUGCACCUUUUCAAAAAGCUGCAAAAAAGAAGACUAAGAAAAGAGAUACCAAAGUCGGGACAAUCGAAGAUGAUCCAGAAUAUAGAAAGUUUUUGGAAAGUUAUGCCACAGAUAAUGAGAAAAUGACAUCUACUCCGGAGACACUGCUAGAGGAAAUAGAAGCAAAAAAUAGAGAAUUAAUAGCUAAAAAGACAACCCCACUUUUGAGCUUCCUGAAAAACAAGCAGAGAAUGAGAGAAGAAAAGAGAGAAGAAAGAAGGAGGCGAGAAAUAGAAAGAAAAAGACAAAGAGAAGAGGAGAGGAGAAAGUGGAAAGAAGAAGAGAAACGAAAAAGGAAAGAUAUAGAAAAGCUAAAGAAGGUAGACAGAGUUCCAGAAAGGGACAAUAAAUUAAAGGAUGAACCAAAGAUUAAGGUACACAGGUUUCUGUUACAAGCUGUGAAUCAGAAAAAUCUACUGAAGAAGCCAGAAAAAGGAGAUGAAAAAGAGUUGGACAAAAGAGAAAAACCUAAGAAAUUUGACAAAGAGAAUCUGAAUGAUGAAAGAGCCAGUGGGCAAAGUUGUACAUUGCCCAAGCGAUCUGAUAGCGAACUUAAAGAUGAGAAGCCAAAGAGACCUGAAGAUGACAGUGGCAGAGACUAUAGAGAGAGAGAACGGGAUUAUGAACGAGAUCAGGAGCGCAUACUUCGAGAAAGGGAGAGGCUGAAGCGGCAAGAAGAAGAACGCCGUAGGCAGAAGGAGCGUUAUGAGAAAGAGAGGGCUUUUAAAAGAAAAGAAGAAGAAAUGAAAAAAGAGAAAGAAGCACUUCGGGAUAAAGGAAAGAAGAAUGAAAGUACAGAAUCAUUAGGCAGCUCAGAAAAAACGGAAAAGAAAGAGGAAGUGGUUAAGAGAGAUCGCAUAAGAAACAAGGAUCGCCCAGCAAUGCAGCUUUACCAGCCAGGAGCUCGAAGCCGAAAUCGACUCUGUCCCCCUGAUGACAGCACCAAGUCUGGAGAUUCAGCAGUAGAAAAAAAGCAGGAAAGUGGUAUUAGCCAUAGAAAAGAAGGAGGAGAGGAGUGAUAAGUCCAAAUGGCCUUAGGUGUCCUGACUGUUUAGGCAGCCAAAGAGCAAGUGUUAAGCAAUCCAGAAGUGCCUUCAGGGCAAAGGAAUAGAAAGAAAGAAAGGGAGUCGCUGCGCUGGUGGGGUACACUGCAGAGGAGUAUGUUUUGCGUCAAAGCAGGAAUCUGAUCGCAGGUUUAGAAUUGGAAGUACAAUUUCAUUGUUUUUGCAAUUUCUAAAAAUUAAUUUUAACAUGUCAGAAAAAGAUGAUGGCGAGGAUGUGCAUUACAAUUUGCAGGAGAGAUGCAGCUGAAUUUUUGAAGGAAAAAAAUUUUCAGGAGAGAAAUGUUAAGUGACAACUUAAAUAUGUAUGACAUGAGAAAAAAAUAAGAGCUGGUUCUAAAAUCAAAAUAUGUUGUUAAUCCUGGAUUGAAUUUUCUUAAUUUGGGUGGAGCAGAGUCACUUUUAAGUCUUGCUCAGAUCUAGUUAUAGUGUAUUCUUGGUGAUAACUGUUGACUUUGUGUAGUAUAGAAGCAACAAGCAUGUCAUUGUAGUACAAGUACAGUGAAGGAUGUAACAAAUUUUCAUUGAUGCAAAAAUUUAAAUAGUCAUGUUACGUCUAUAUCUGACAUCCUAAAGUUUUAGGGUUAGUUUUAAUUUUCUAUUUGCUUACAUUAACUUAGCAUAAAAAAUAUUUUUAAGCAUCUCAUUUUGCCUUUAGCAGUUUUUAUAUCAGUAGGUAAAAUAUAGCCCUUGUUUGGUUCUUGACAAUCCAGUCUUUGUUUUAUCUUAGGUCUCAUGAUCUGAGUGCAUACCCUCUCCAGGAAACUGCACCAAAGUCUGUUCCUGUUAAAUAGCAACUUUUAGUCUCCGUGUGUUUUGUAUUGAUGUUAAUAAAUAUCAACAGCAUUCAAGUAUGAA